AAGCACAUUGAGCUACAUAGCUUGACCGUAACGUCUCUACGUAAACUGGUGUUGCGCAAACGAACCAAAAUGACGAAAGAAAGUGAACGCAAACAGCGUCACUAGCGUCAGUACGCCCGGCAUGGCAGUGUAGUCGGACGCCAUCGCCCCGACACUCGUUCCAUGACAGCCAAAAACGCGCGACUUUUAAAAUUCGAAAGCCGAAUUUUAAAAAGUGUUUUGUUUUUUUAAGUGACACAGACUAUAAAUAACAGAUUAUAAAUAUGGAUUUACAAAGUGAGGCGAGUCAGGAAACGAGAAUUUUAAUUCCUAGACAUGUGAGUGCUGAGAAAGCACUAGCAGCAUCGAACAAUGCAGUGAAUACGACGUUCUUGUGCCAUAGCUACACUCUCCAACCUGAUUUCAGAACGUAUGUGGAAGCACUGCAAGUAUACGGCUGGGUGCUAUGGUCAUCCGCUCUGCUGUGUGUGUGCUGUGUGUGCGCACUUUACGCCUUUAACUUGCGCUCCGCACUUCGACAUUGGCGAAGCGCAUUCUACAAUGCCGCCGUGGUGCUAGCCGUGUAUCCUGUGGUAUCGCUGUCAGCAUUCUUCGCGCUAGUGGUACCACGGGCACAGCUACUGUCAGAGGCGUUGUCACAAGAAGCUGUGAUGCUGGGGCUGUACCACUUCUACUGCCUUGUGGUCGCCGAGUGCGGCGGCCCGGAGCUGAUCGUUAGACGAUCUGAAGGCGCACAGCUCGAGACGCGGGUGCUGCCAUGCUGCUUCUGGCCUUGUUGCGUCAUCCCUCGGCCAAAACUACAACCGAAGCAUUUCAAAUGGCUACAGUACCUGCUGCUGCAAGUACCGAUCAUACAGGGCCUGAUCUACAUAACCAUACUGAUAUUCCGAUCUGAGGACCUCUCCGUCUAUCUGAAGAACUACAUGUACUUCCAACCCCUGGUGGCAGCGUCCUUACUUUCUGGUAUUUGGGGCAUCAUGAUGUGUCUGCGAGCUGCUGAAGCUACGGGCGGCAGACCGAGGCCCCGCUUCUUGGCUCUACAGUUUGUGGUUAUCAUUGUAAAGGUUCAGUGCGGACUUGCUAAGAUCAUCCCAACAACAGCACACCUGCCUUGCCUACUGGCGUUGAACCCAGCUGUGGUUUCUGAUUUAAUCCACAACACAAUCACGAUAGUGGAAAUGCUGUUGCUCUCUAUUUGGGCGUGGAGGCUGUACAAGGUGCCGCCGGGCAAGAUCUUAGAGAAGGAGAAUAUUAUUACCACCGAUUAGAAUUCCGCAUCCUAGUUCUAAUGUUAACACUUUUCCAGUUACUUGAGAGAGAAGAGGUCUACUUGACCGCUUAAUUCUAAGAAGAAAGCUUUUGUUUGUGAUAUGGCAAAACUGUCCAAAGUCGGUUGUCUUAAAUUUCAGCAUUAAACGAAUUCGCUGGGCCUUCGGCUAAGAGAAAACUAGGCCUUCUUUAGAUUAGGCUUGGUCAAGAGAGCGAGCGACUUAGCUGAAAGUUCAAAAGUCGCACGCAGACCUCUAACUCUAAUGAAGGAUAGCUCACCUUACGCAAUAAUUUGCCCGAAACUAUCGAAGUGUAUUUACAGGUUCCAGGGUGUCACUAGGUCACGGUAAACGCCUACCGUCAGAUAGGCUAUAGAGUGUUGGCAGAAACGUAAUGCAAUUAACCAUUAACCAGUAAAAAUUGAACCGUAAACUGUAACCGUCCGUUACGGCUUACGGUUCAAUUUGUACUAGUUAAUGGUUAAUUGCAAUUAACGUUCGGCCAACACUUAUAGAAAGUAUGCUUAUUAUUUUCGGUAUCAAAAUACAGUAGUAUAAUAAAAAUCACGGGCAUCAUUCCGCGGUCGGUCAUGUUUCCUAUGCGUGCGAGCCACGCCUGAGUACGGUUGCCAUAUGGAAGAAUUAAAUGUCCUAAUAAAAAUCCUGAAAUCACCCUAAAAAUCCUGACAUUUCUUGUAACUGAGACUUGGCGUAGCUUGAACGACGCCCUGGCGGUGCGCUGCGCUCUGCAGUGGGUAAUUCCUAAAAAUCCUGACACUUGCAAUUUGGACAAAGGCUCAAAAAUCCUGACAUGUCCGGACAAAUCCUGACGUAUGGCAACCUUACGCCUGAGGGCUACCGCGAAAAUCUAAAUUUCGGUAUAAAUCUGUGGCUCUUGCAUAUUCGAGCGAAGGCACAGAUUAUUUAUUAUUUAUAUUAUUUAGUUCGCGAGGGUCUCUGGACGUUUACUGGUUAAAUGGUGACAUCAAAAAUUGUCGCAUAAAAUCGACUAACAAUUUAUUGAGUAAUGUGAGCCAUCCUUCAAUUGUAUUUCAAUAAGAACACUAGUGUUAAGUUAAUUCGGAAACUAUAGAUCUGAAUUACCUAGUUAAGUUUCUAGGUCAGUUCUAAUGGCCAUACAAAUUCGAAAAUGUAUUCUAAGUGGUUAAUACAUGGUUUUUAUUUAUCGUAGAACCGCUGGGCAAUUUUAUGACUGAUAUUGUAUAUUUGUAGCAUUUUUAUUACUAUUUGUAGGUGUUUCAAUGCACAAAUGUAAGAGUUUACUUCGUAUCGUGUGUUUACCUCAAAUAAAGUAUUCAAUUGCUGUUGGUGACAAAGAUACUCAAGUACUUAUUGUUCAUUAAGAGCAACAUAUUAUUAUAUAGGUAUUGUCAGUUUUUGGUGCUAGGGCGUAGAAUACAUACCUACUUCCUGUUCGUUUUUAAUAGUUGCGUUAACUGUAGGAAACUAAACGAAAACGAGUGUAUAUAUAAGAAUAUUUUAUAGAAUAGAAUAUUUUAUACCGAUCUUAUCUUAUAUAUAUAUUUUUUUAACAUCUUAUUAUUAGUGUGUCACUUUUUUCGACCUAAAAUUGCAGUUAUAAAAUGUUUUUAUGCACGAAAUUCUAAUGUUUUGCCUAUUUCGUAAAAAAACUUCGUCUUUGAGUUCGAUUUGUGUUCUAUGUACCUGAUUAGAAUGUGUACACCUACAGUCACCUACAAUUUUUCCGCUUCGACGUGCAAGAUGUUAUUUGCAGGUGGCUGUACUGUACGAACAAGGACGUUUGCGAUAAAUAAAUACUUUACU